AUGUCCGAGCCCGACGAGCUCAUGCGCUCGGCAUGGAAUUCGAGCCUCUCAACGUGCGUCGCAAAUCCAUCCUGGGGGGAGUGCAGAUCAGGUGCCGGAUGCUCCAAAGGUAUUGAUCCUCCGUUGGACGCCGUGCGCACCAUGGGCUCAAGGGUGGCCAUGAUGAAGGAAGAGGAGGAGUCGGAGAGAAAGGAAGGGAAAGCACUAAGUACUAAGAGAGCAAGAGGGGGGGGGGGAAGGGAAGAGGAGGAGCGAGCCAGCAGCAAGGGCGACCAAAGGGGCCGAGGCGUCGCCGGGCCGCGCGCAGCUAAGCCCUGCGCUACCCGCUGCUACUUUUUGACGCGCGCGUCACUCUACUCAACACCAAACACCCCAUCACCACCACCAGCCAUGGAUCGCCCCCCCGCAAAGCGCAGGUCCGCCGCCCCCGACCACGACGCCGAUCCCCCACGCAAGGCCCCCAAGACCAUGUCGUUCGCCCAGCGCAUGAUGGCCAAGAUGGGCUACAAGGAAGGCCAGGGCCUGGGCAAGACGGGCGAGGGCAUCAUCAACCCCAUCGAGGUCAAGCUGCGCCCCCAGGGUGCCGGCGUCGGCGCCGUCAAGGAGAAAACCGCCCAGGCGAAGCAAGAGGCCCGGCGCGCCGCCGAGCGUCGCGGCGAACAGUACGAGGAUUCGUCCGAGGAGGAGCGCAGGGCCCGGCGCAAGCGCAAGGCGGAGAAGCGCUCGGCCACGACCAGCGGCGCCAGCACGCCCGCCGGCAGCUAUGGCCGCCAGCAGCAGCAAAAGACAAAGUUCCGCACGGCGGCCGACCUGGAGAAGACGACGGGCCUGGCGGUGCCCAACGUGCUCAAGACGCUCAUUGACGCGACGGGGCGCGAGACGCGGCUGCUGACGUCGACGGCCGGGCUGAUGACACCGGUGGGCGGCGGCGGCGAGGCGGACAAGGUGGCCAAGCGGGCGCGCGUGGAGCUCGAGGCGUUUGCCGACUCGUGGACGGAGCUGACGGAGCGGCGCAAGUUUGUCGACGCCGAGGAGGCGCAGCUGCUGCGCGAGCUGGACGAGCAGGCGGCGGCGGACCGGAAGCUGGGCUUGGUGGCCGAGGCCGUCGACGCGCUGAGCCGGCUGGACCUGGCGCGGCCGCGCACGGCGCCCGACGCGCUGGCGCAGUGGGAGACGGUCGUCGCCGAGCUUGAGACGCUUCAAUUUGAAUUUCGCGACGAGCUGCUGCGCUUCGGCCUGCACGACGUGGCGGUUGCGGCCAUUGCCCCGCUGUUCAAGCAGGAGAUGCUCGACUGGGAGCCGCUGGAGAAGCCAAUGCACCUGGUGCCCUACCUGCACCGCCUGCGCACCAUUCUGGGCAUUAACAUUAACAACAGCAGCCGCCCGCACAGGUCGACGACGGCCUACGAGACGCUCAUCUACACCCUGUGGCUGCCCAAGGUGCGCACCUGCAUCACCAACGCCUGGGACCCGCACACGCCAACCCCACUCAUCGCGCUAGUCGAGGCGUGGAAGGACGUCCUGCCGCCCUUUGUGCACUACGGCCUGCUCAACAACCUCAUCGUCACCAAGCUCAAGGCCGCCCUGCACGACUGGAACCCGCGCCUCUCGCUGCGCAAGAAGCACUCGAUCCCGCUGCCGCACGUCUGGCUCUUCCCCUGGCUGCAAUACCUCUCAGACGAGCACACGAACCCCAAAGCACCCACGGGCCUCCUCACAGACGUGCGGCACAAGUUCGCCGCCGCGCUCAAAUCGUGGGACCUGACGCGGGGCGUGCUGCCGGGCCUGGACUCCUGGCGGGAAGUGCUGCCCACGCUCGAACACACGCUCAUCCGGUACCUACUCCCACGGCUGUCGGCGCACCUGCACGACAACUUCUCCAUCGACCCCAGCGACCAGGACCUCGCGCCGCUGACGCAUGUCCUAGCAUGGACGCCGUUCUUCCGGCCCAGCACCCUCGCGCACCUCCUCGAAGCCGCCUUCUUCCCCAAAUGGCUCAGCGUGCUGCAUCUCUGGCUGACCAGCGAGCCCGACUACGACGAAGUCGGCCAGUGGUUCUCCUGGUGGAAGGCCCAGCUCCCGGACGCCAUCAACGCCGUCCCCGCCGUCGCGCGCGCCUGGGACCAGGGCCUCGAGCUCAUGAACGCGGCGCUCGACCUGGGGGAAGACGCCAAGACGGCGCUGCCCGCGCCGGAGCUCGCGCCCCUGCCGUCAGAAGAAGAAGAAGAAGAAGUCUCUGCUGCUGCUGCUGCGCCCGCCCCGCCACCGCCAGCCCCAGAGCAGCCGCCAGACGACCAGCCCGAAACGACAUUCAAAGACGUCGUCGAGGACUGGUGCCACGAGCACGACGUGCUGCUCGUCCCGCUACGCGAAGCCGACGCCCAGACCGGCGCCCCGCUCUUCCGCAUCACGGCGUCGGCGGCGGGCAGGGGCGGCGUCGUCGUCUUUUUGCGGGGGGAUGUCGUGUUUGAGGACGAAGUCUGA